CUCGUCGUCUCCAGCGUGAAGGGAAGCUGUUAGCGUAAACCUUGUCAACAAACUCUUACAGAGUCUUAUUUAUGAGUUUCGUUAAAUGGACAUUUCCUAAGAGAGUUGUUUUCAGUUGAAGGAAGGCCGUGGGAUUGAUUUGGCUGUCACCAGUGCUCAUUAAAGUCCUGCAGAUGUUCCCUUUAGGCGAGGUGAGGUGUUGCUCAGCUAGCGAGGCAGCGCCGGGGCGCUAACGUCAGCCCGUCUGCUGCAGGCCGGGCCACAGCUGGACCAUUCUGCUCGGAUUUAAAGGGGAGUAAAUGUCAUCUGAACUGUGAGCCCUGGACUCCUUCAGCCCAGAAAGUAAUCAAUAUAUUUUCGGUGAGGCUAUGACGACUGUCAACAUCACCAGGGAUAUCCUGCACAGGCAGAUCCGGGAUAAGAGCGCAUCAGGCUUCCAAAGGUCCUACCAUGUGACUGAUCCAUUUAUCAAAAGACUUGGACUGGAGGCUGAACUUCAGGGCCAUACUGGCUGUGUGAACUGUUUGGAGUGGAAUGAACAAGGAGAUCUUCUGGCUUCAGGCUCGGAUGAUCAGCAUGCCAUCAUCUGGGAUCCAUUCAGACACAAAAGGCUCACAACUAUGCACACAGGUCAUGCAGCGAAUAUAUUCUCUGUGAAGUUCCUCCCUCACUCUGGGGACAGAAUUUUAAUAACAGGUGCAGCCGACACAAAGGUCCAUGUGCAUGACCUGACGGUGAAGGAAACCAUCCAUAUGUUUUCUGAUCAUACCAACAGAGUUAAACGCAUCGCCACAGCACCCAUGUGGCCUAACACCUUCUGGAGUGCUGCUGAAGAUGGCAUCAUCAGACAAUACGACCUGCGGGAGAGCAGUAAACACUCUGAAGUGCUGAUCGACCUGACAGAGUUCUGUGGUCAGCUGGUUGAGGCCAAGUGUCUGGCAGUCAAUCCACGUGACAACAACUACCUGGCUGUGGGAGCCAACGGGCCUUUUGUUCGUCUCUAUGACAUCAGGAUGAUUCACAACUACAGGAAAUCUUUGAGUCAGAGCACAUCAGCAGCUGUCCACACAUUCUGCGAAAGGCAGAAGCCCAUCCCAGAUGGUGCAGGGCAGUAUUAUGUAGCAGGGCAUCUGCCAGUGAAACUCUCAGACUACAAUAACCGCCUGAGGGUCCUUGUGGCCACCUAUGUUACCUUCAGCCCAGAUGGCACAGAGCUGCUUGUCAACAUGGGAGGGGAACAGGUGUAUUUGUUUGACUUGACAUUCAAGCAGAGGCCAUACACCUUCCUGCUCCCCAAAAAAUGCCAAUCAUCACCAGGAGAUGUGCAGAAUGGAAAGACCACCAAUGGCGUCGCCAAUGGAAUUCACUUGCCAGCAAGUCACAUUCGUUUUGCUGGAAACAAAAUACAAUCUAGUUCUUCUGAGCUCCCUCCACAUUUGGAGAAGAUAAAGCAACAAGCUAAUGAUGCAUUUGCCCGUCAGCAGUGGACACAGGCCAUCCAGUUGUAUAGUUUAGGCAUUCAUCAGGCUAACCGGAAUGCCAUGCUGUACGGGAACAGGGCUGCAGCCUACAUGAAACGUAAAUGGGAUGGAGACCAUUAUGAUGCACUCAGGGAUUGCAUAAGGGCCCUCACACUAAACCCCAGCCAUCUGAAAGCACAUUUUAGACUGGCAAGGUGUCUGUUUGAGCUGAAAUACGUGGCUGAGGCUCUGGAGUGUCUGGAUGACUUCAAAGGAAAGUUUCCUGAGCAGGCGCACAGCAAUGCCUGUGAUGCCUUAGAUAAAGAUAUCAAGGCAGCCCUUUUCUCCAAGUCCGAAUCAGCUGAAGACAAAAAAACCAACAGCUCCAUUCGAUUUCAAUCAUUCAGUCGGAAAGAGUCCAUCCCCGAGGAUGAGUUGGUGUUGAGAGAGCGCAGUUAUGAUUACAAGCACAGAUACUGUGGGCACUGUAACACCACCACUGAUAUCAAAGAGGCCAACUUCUUUGGAAGCAAAGGCCAGUAUAUUGUCAGUGGCUCCGAUGAUGGCUCUUUCUUCAUCUGGGAAAAAGAAACGACUAACCUGGUGAGGAUCCUGCAAGGAGACGAGUCCAUAGUGAACUGCCUACAGCCACACCCCAGCUACUGCUUCUUGGCUACUAGUGGCAUUGACCCAGUGGUUCGAUUAUGGAACCCUAGACCAGAGACAGACAGUGAGAAUGGGCGUGUAGUGGAGGACAUGGAGGGAGCUGCUCAGGCGAACCAGAGGCGUAUGAAUGCGGAUCCACUGGAAGUAAUGCUGCUUAAUAUGGGCUAUCGCAUCACAGGCCUGCGUGGUGUUGGCCCUGAUGGUUCAGACGAUGAAAACAGCUCAGAGGGACAAGUACAGUGUAGGCCAAGCUAAACAAACAGUACUCCAUUCUGUUGAAUGGAUUUAGGAUGCAAAGCACACUUGCAGCUCCUGUUUGAAACUUAGGCCCCUCCCCCUCUCUGACAGAACAUUAAGUGAAUGUCAUGUCACAUCUUUGCACUAUGCAUCGCCCUCCCCUGUCCAAUGCCAGGACUUGCGGAGACCACUUUGGGGAGAAUUCAUGGAGGGUUGAGACAACGCUCUUUUCGCCCUUUUCAACACUUUAACUUGUCCCUCCAUCUUGUGGUGGCAAGGGAACACCUUUUGAGGAGAGCACCUUCCAAGUCAAUCCCCAGUUUCUCACAGAGGAGUUUUGGCACUUUUUGCUUCUCAGCUUUAUGUUGGAGAGAGACACAGCACGUAGACGAAGCAAUGAGUGGUCACAAGACCUAUUUUAAGGUCAGCGUGGCCACACAGUCUCAGCGUUCCCCUGGAGAAUCCCGUCACAGGCCUGAAAACAGUGCUUUGUUGCAUCUCCUGUACGCUCUAUAUAUGGAGCAACAUGUUGCACUCAUCUUGGCAAGGCUGAACACGCAAGUCAUCGAUUCUGUUAGACUCGGCCCUUUUUUUUUUUUUUGUUGGAGCUUUGGUCGCAGAAAACCUAGUGGAAGUUGUAGCUCCAGUGGAUUGCAUUUGUAUGCAUUCUUUAGUUUACAGAUUUAUGGAAAAACAAGGGGUUUUCUCUGCCAAAGGUUGCCAGCUAUCAUCUCAUAAGCCAAGGAUCAAUGUUGGUUUCUCUUUUUCAUUCAAACAUAAGUUUGGCUCCUUUUUAAUGAAGAGUUUUUAGUUCAGUAGCUCAUUGACGAGUCUGGACGAUAUCAGCAAAACAGUGCUUGUAAUCAAAUAACUUUCUAGUAUUUUUUUUUUCUGUAGUCCAAUUGAUUGCACAUGCCAUUUGAGAUGAAAUGUUAUGGACAAGCCUUUGUUGGGUGUAAGGGGGACACGUAUGCUAAUUUGUGUUGUUACCGCUGGGCGCAAAAUAUUAGGCAAUAAGUGUUCCUGGCUACACGGCUCUACCAUUAGUCCUUUACUGCGGUCAGGUCGGUGUUCAGCUUGCAUGAGAUGUCUCUGACCAUAGAUGUGAGGCGGGAAAAAACACAGCUACAUCCAUCCAUGUGGAGCUUAGAAAAUAGCUCAUUGUAACUUUUUUGCCCUGAAAAGAAUCAGUGUUAAUGAUGGGGUUCUCAGCAACAUGCAGCACUAGGCUUCCCUGUGUUUACUUCAUUCAUGUUUUUUUUUUUUGUUUGUUUUUUUUGAGAAACCCAGUUAUAACCUUUGUUUCAACAGAACAAAGAA